GUGUGAGCGGAGCGGCGCGAGGAGGAGACGCCGCCGCCACCGCUGCCACCUCUGGUCCUUCGGGCCACGCCUGGGCCUUGCAGCCAGGACGCAGUGGCCUCAGGUUUUUUUUUUUUUUUUUUUAACCUCCCGGAAGAAAAGAACUGACACAUUUUCCACCCUGGAAGUGUACUUAAGAGUGUGAAGUUAGGGACUUCUUUCAAAUUUGGACAUGGCUAAUCGAGGAGCAACAAGACCCAACGGGCCAAAUACUGGAAAUAAAAUCUGCCAGUUCAAACUAGUACUUCUAGGAGAAUCUGCUGUUGGCAAAUCAAGCCUAGUGCUUCGUUUUGUGAAAGGCCAGUUUCAUGAAUUUCAAGAGAGUACCAUUGGGGCUGCUUUUCUAACCCAAACUGUGUGUCUUGAUGACACUACAGUAAAGUUUGAAAUAUGGGAUACAGCUGGUCAAGAGCGAUACCACAGCCUAGCACCAAUGUACUACAGAGGAGCACAAGCAGCCAUAGUAGUAUAUGAUAUCACGAAUGAGGAGUCCUUUGCAAGAGCAAAAAACUGGGUUAAAGAACUUCAGAGGCAAGCAAGUCCUAACAUUGUCAUAGCUUUAUCAGGAAACAAGGCUGACCUAGCAAAUAAAAGAGCUGUAGACUUCCAGGAAGCACAGUCCUAUGCAGAUGACAACAGCUUAUUAUUCAUGGAGACAUCAGCUAAAACAUCAAUGAAUGUAAAUGAAAUAUUCAUGGCAAUAGCUAAAAAGUUGCCAAAGAAUGAACCACAGAAUCCAGGAGCAAAUUCUGCCAGAGGAAGAGGAGUGGACCUUACUGAGCCCACACAGCCAACCAGGAGUCAGUGUUGUAGUAACUAAGCCUCCAGUCUGAACUAGCUGGAAUAUUCUGCUUCCUACAUGUCAGUAACAGUGGAAUUGGCUCAUUUAACCAGCCCAGUAUGACUUCCAGAAAAAGAAGAGACUUACAAUAGAGUCAGGUUUCUAAUACAGAAUUAUUUUAAGUGUUUUGAACUUAAUUUUUAAUAACAUGCAUGUAUCCCUCUGACUAAUGUUUCACCACUAGAAAGGGAAAACGAGAACUCUGUACACUGUUUCUUUGGAAGGUCGAGGGGACCCUUUCUCAUCACUAGGAACUAGACAAAUGGCUGGCUACCUGGACCCAUAGCCGGCCAGCCAGUUCCUCCAAACUGGCACAGUAGUCAUCUAUGAACGAGAUUGUGGGAUUUAUCGAUUUACUCUUUUAAAACAUUCUUUUUUUUAGAAUGAGAGUCUGAAGAUAUUUAUGCUUAGCUACAGUAUUCAGGAAAACGGUCAUUUCUUCUGGUACCUAUAUUUAAAGUGUACAUUCCACAUUGAAAAAAAAUAUAUCACAAAAACCCACAACUCAAGAGGUAACAAAUAAACAUAAAUGGCAUCUAAAUUAUAACCAGUCUUGUGUUUUUUAAAAUGGGGUUUAAAAAGUCAAAUGUAACCCCAUUAUGUUUUAAGACUAAGGAAACUGAUAAGUGCAUCUUAGCUGAUGGUGUCUCCUUCAGAUUUAUGUUGGCUCUUCAACCAAGAUGAAAUGCACCAGGUGUCUGAUUUCUGUUUAAUCACUGCUGGCUAUUACCUAGGUUUUGUUUGGGGACAGGGAGGGUUUUGUUCCCUUUGGACAUGAUAGUCAAUGCACUAACAAUUAUGUACAUUCAAACUUGAUGAUUUUAAAUUUGACUUCAGCUGUACUGUAAAUAGGGUACUGCAUUGUAGUCUUCAUAUAUGUCUUUCUUUCUGUAAUAUUUAAGAGUUGCUUAAAAGCAUACAAAAUGUACAGUUACUAAAACAGCUAAUUAUUUCUUUCUCUCUCCCUUUGAAAGAAAGGGGCUUCAGUUCCUACAUGGCUAGAACCAUAAUAAACAAUGUACCUGUAAUUUGUAACAUAAGGAUUGCGAUAUGUUAGUAACAAUCUUGCAGCCUUGUUUUCCAAAGUUCAUUUUAUUUUGAUCAGUUCGGUAUAUUGCACUAAUUAUUUUAGGUAUUUUCAUUAUAUGAAAUCUACCAUGUGUCAGAGAUGAUUUAAUCUAUUUAAGUGUUGACUUGCUAGCAGGACUUGUACAUUUACAGUAAUUCGCAAUUAGUAAGGAAAACAGUCCAUCAGUGUUUAGUUUUAUAUUGAGGUGCUCAGGUUGGAAUAAAGUGGUAUAAAAAGCAA